AUGGAGAACUCCCAAACCUUCGAUUCCCUCCCCAACGAGCUACUCAUCUCCAUUCUCUCCCAACUCCCCACCUCCUCCCUUCUCCCCCUCAUCACAACCAGCCGCCGCAUCUACUCCAUAGCACUACGCAUCCUCAAACAACGCCUGAGCCACGCCACCUCCCAACCAGACCAGCGGCUGAUGCUCGAGUGCUAUCACCCAAGCGAGAAGCUGUACACACCCUACCUCUACUGUAACUACCUCCGCACGGACAGCUUUGCCAGCGCAGAGCCCACAGCCAGGGGCACCAGCGGCACCGGCGGCCUGGCGGGCAUAUACGCGCACUUCCGCCCCGUCGAGCAGGACGAGGACCGCCCCCGCCGAGCGACGCGCGGCUUCCGGCGGCACCUCACCCCCACUCCCACCACCACAGCCACCCCCAAUAAUGAAGAACCACGGCCGUCCACAGACGUCUACCUCGACGACGACGAGUCGUUCACGCAGCUGUGCGCCGUGACCAACCUUGUGCGCAUGGGUCCCAAGCCGGGCCUGUUCCGCAGCCAUGUCAAUGUGAGUGAGGGCGUGCUGCGCGUGUGGAGGGACUGGUUGGCUGAGCGGGCUGCGGCGGGAGGGCGGCGGGGGGAGCGUGCGGGACGAGAGGCGGGGGAGGCGGGACAGGGACAGGAGGAAGAGGAGGAGGAGGAGGAAGGGGGCGGUGGCGGUGGGGAUGGGGGUGGUGGGGAUGAGGGUGAGGGUGAGGGUGGUGACGAGGAUGGUGUGUUGUGGGCUGAUGCGUCGCGUGAUGUUGGGGUGCGGUUCCGGGUGGCUGAGAAGGACAUCCGCGGGCAGCACCCCGUGCUUGUAGCCAGCGACGAGCAGUUGCCCGUGGCGUACCGGCUUGAGUUUGGGGAGCUGCUGGUGAGGGCCACCACGCUGCUGCUCAUGGUGGAGAAGUCGGAGAUGCAGGAUUUUGCAGCCGAAGGCAAAGCUAUCGUUCUUGCAUCGUUUUGA